UUUACAUUAUGUGAAGGACUGGAAUAAAUGUAAUUUUGUACUUACAACACGUUUUAUGAAAUCAUACGUGUAUUUUAAUAAAUUAAUAGAUCGUCUUUUGGCAGUAACGAUCCAUUUCUUUAGCCUUGAUUUUCAUUGAAGAGUAUUCAAUUACCACGCAAAGUUUUUAGAGUGUCGUAUUUACUUAAAGUUACGUGAAAUAAUUUCUUAAUUCAUAAUGAGAGUCUUUAGGCAAAUCAUGUUGUUCAUUUACAAUUUAAAUUGCAUGGAGUAAUGUUUCACGGACUUGAAUUAGUGAGGAAAAGUAGUCAAUUUGUGACUGUCGUGUAUUUUAGCAUUCGUUACUAAUGGAUUAAGUCUGCGGUGAUAAAAUCUUCACAAAGUAAGAAACGUGCACACUGUCAGAGAGGAAUCUGUCUUUCAACACACCCGGUAUAAUAUUGGAGAAAAUCACAAAUUGGAGAAUAGCCGUAAAAACUUCAGACUGUCAAAAUAUUUAGUCUGUGUGAAGUCGUACAUACUGUUGUUACGGAAUUUCUCUCCUGACGUUAAAAACUGUGAAAUAAUCUGUUUCAUAUUCGUUUUUUUUCUUUUUGCAACAAGAACUAUAAAAAGAUUAUAAAUUGUAAUCUGUGCGAAUGAACAUAUAUUUUUCAUGGCGCCGUAUUUCGAAAAUAUAUCAUAAAAUGGUAAGAUGGUUUAAAAAGGAUAAUUCAAAUAUUAAAACUUCGGAAAAAGUAUAAUAACUCUAUACUUAAUAAACAGUGGGGAUUAUAAUACAAGUGAAACCUGAUAAUUAAACUACAAAUAUGCAUGACUGCUUGUGAAUCUAUUAAGUAUUAGUCAGUUUAAAUCAAAGUAAGAGGGAGUUAAAACGUUGCGCUGUUCAUGCGCAUGAAUUAAUAAAGAAAGUGCGAAUGCAUUUUUUGUAUUCAUUUUUUUUUCUGUAAACCGGUUGUCUCGUUUUGGAAUUAGAAAAAUGUACUAUUGGAAUUCGAUUGGACUAAAUGGUUCAUCGCACCACGUGAUAUUGGUCAUGUGAUUUGAAGUUCUAUUUUAACAUAAUUUAAAAACAAAACAUGCACAAGAAUGGGUGCAAUGUAUGCACAGAAUUGUUUGGUUUUGAACAGUGGAAGAGAAUUAUAGAAUUUAGUUUCAAAAAUAUUGUCUGUUUGUUUUUCUAAAGUGAGGAAUGCUUUUUUCAAAAAAAUGAUGAAACACAAAUCAGAGUGGAUAUGAAAGUUUACAUGUAUGAAACUAAUCCCCGAUGACGUUACUAUGGUUACACAAAAUGAUGGAAUAAUUAACAAUUUUGUUGGAUUUUACUGGUGUCUCGCAUUUAUUUUCAUCAUGGGAUUUGGAAAAGUGCAAACUCAACUCUCAGGAAGUUUUGCAUCGUGUAAAAAUGAAGGUGAAAUCGUUAACGUGACAGGUAUAUCUGAGAACCCGUGCAUCACAUGCAUUUGUAUGAACAAAAUCGUAAAGUGUACACAGACGCAAUGUCCGAGUACGGAAGGCUGUCACGUGAUCCUGUUCGACAAUUUCCGUGAGGAGAGAAAAUGUUGUGACGUAUGCAAAGGAUGUGAUUAUGAGGGGAAAUCGUACAACAGCAGCACGAGCUGGACAGAUUCAAAUGAUCCGUGUAUCAAGUACACGUGCUGGGCCUCUGUGGUAACGAAAUCAAAGACCCAGUGUUACACACCGUGUUACGACCCAGUACCUGUGCCCGGACAGUGCUGUCCGUCUUGCCAAGGAUGUUACUUUGAUGGAAGGAGAUUUCAAAAUGGCGACCAGUUCAACCUUUCUACAGAUCCUUGCGUACAUUGCACGUGCAAGGACGGCAGUGUAUCAUGCGUUAAGCAUUCCUGUCCUGUGCUGAAUUGUCCGAAAGAAAACAUUUACAAUGUAACGGGAGACUGCUGUCCAAGAUGUAGAGGAGAGAGAAAAAUAUACAAUCUGCCGGGUGGUCGGUGUUUCUAUCAGAAGAAAAUAUACAGCAACGGCAGAAUGUUCCGGCCAGAUACAUGCACAAGAUGCCAGUGUAAACAAGGUACAUCGGUAUGUGAGAGAGAAACAUGUCCGCAUCUGUCCUGCGCAGAAGAUCAGAGAGAACACGUGCCGAAAUCAUGUUGCAUGAAAUGCCCAGAAAAGAAACAGUGUCUGUACAAUGGUAUAUUUUAUAUGCACGAGCAACAAUGGAAACCUGACACGUGCACCACGUGCGACUGUGAUAAUGGUGUAACACAUUGUCAAACGCAACAUUGUAAUAACGCCCUCUGGUGUCCACAGGGAUUCACCCUACAGUUUGACGACACCGAAUGCUGUCCAAGAUGUGUAGAAUCUCGAGCCGUUUGCACAGUGUAUGGCGAUCCUCACUACCGAACAUUUGACGGGAGAAUGUUCAAUUUUCAGGGUCCUUGUAAAUACAUUUUAACUGAAGACUGUUUUGAAAAGUCAUUUUCUGUACGGGUACGAAACGACGCUAGGACGAGUAGCAGUUUUACGUGGACAAAAAUGGUUGUGAUAUUUAUACACAAUAUAAGAAUAAACUUACACAAGAAUUUACGGGUAAAAGUGAAGCGAAAACGAGUAAGACUUCCAUACAAGCACAAUGAAAUUCCAAGUUUUACAAUAGAACGUAGACAUGAUAUGGUUGUUUUUAAUUGGUCCAGUGAUUUGACGGUCACGUGGGACGGAGAUAGCUUUGUUGAUAUAUCUGUUUCCAGUAGGUAUAAGAGAAAACUUUGCGGUCUUUGUGGGAAUUUUAACGGACUUGGCUUCGAUGAUCUCAUCGGCAAAGAUGGCCGCCAAUAUUUUACUGGUGAAGAAUUCGGAGAAACUUGGCGGUAUGGAAGCCGCAGCGCAUGUGUGAUCAAACCGGAAGUACCUCCAGAAUCUCAGUGUUUGAAUAAUACAAUAGCAAAUCUACGUGCCAAGAAGGAAUGUAGUUUUCUCCUGGGGUCGGUCUUUCAUAGAUGUAGAAGACACGUGGAUGUUCGUCCAUAUUAUAGUUCUUGUAUAACAGAUACUUGUGAAUGUCCAACAGAUAAACGAUGUGAGUGCGAGGCUUUCCGGGCAUAUGCUCGCGCAUGCGCACAAGAUGGAAUUCAUAUAAACUGGGAACCAGUAGCUCCAUGUGCAGCUGAGAGUAAGUGCCCCGUUGGAUCUAAAUUCAAAAAGUGCGCGACACCCUGCCCAAAGACUUGCGAAAACUACAACAAAAUAGAGCCGUGUCUUAAGCCAUGCAUACAGGCCUGCCAGUGCAGAUCAGGGCUAGUUUUACACGAGAACGAGUGUAUAGCACCAAUUAACUGCCCGCGAAGAUGAUGCCACUCAAAAAUAGUGCGUCAUGUAGAUAUUAUUUUACAUAAUUCAGGUGUAUACUUGUGAACAUAUUAUUUGGAAAAAUGCUUGCGUGUGUUUAAUUAUUUGCAGGCUUCAUCACUUUGGUAUCAAACGCAUAUCUGGCCUACAAAUGUCAAGCGGAUGCAAGCAGAUAACGUUAAUGACGUCACGUAGAAACUGACGUCCUUACGUUAUGUUUAUUACGUAAAUUCACAAGUUUAUCGUAUAAGUGCUAUUAGGUGUCUGUUUUAAAUAGAUGUCACAUAAUUAGAAUGGUCAUGUCACUGCAUAUUCCUGUUUUGAAUAUUUAAAUUAUUUGUUUGCUAAUUAUAAUGAAGAAGAAUAAAUUUCAGUUCCCUGUUUUUAUUAUUUAACGUGCUUUAACUGUAUUUUAUAAAUAAAAUAAUACCUGGUCAAGUUUUUUGUGAAAGAAAAGAUGUAAAUGUAAAAAUGACAAAAAGACAUUCGCAUCUCUUUCUUUUGCUUAAACCGUUUUUAUCUUGUUUUUACAUUUUACUUAUCUUAAAAGCACCCCAUAGUCCUAUUUCUAAGGAUAUUUCUCGAAAUUUAGAAAGUGCUUUAUUUUGAAUGCAUUUUCCUUACUCCCUUCAUGCAAUAUUAUGACAUAUAAGUUACACCAGAGCAGUCAUAAUGUUUCUUUCUCUGGGAAAAUUUUAAGAUACAAACUUCGCUGACUACCAAGGGAAAACAAGACAAUUUGACUCUAUAUUAGAAGUGCAAUUCUUCUUGCUUAGAACAAUAUUUUUUUAUAGAAAACAUUGAAUAGAGUAUAUAGCUAUUUGUUUCAGUUUUGAUUGAAUUAUUACGGUGGAGUAUAGGGAACAUGUUCAAAGCGAAAUUAUGUAUUGUAUAUUUUUGUCUCGAUUUAUUGUCGUUAUUUUGAAGUCUUUUACUAAUAUUAUGUAAUCAAGCUAUCUAGCAACAGGAUUUUAAUUAAACUUUUAAAAUGCUUUUAACUUUACGCUCCAGAAAAAUAAAAGUUAUUACCUUAAUGAUUGAAUAAUUUAGCUACUUAGAUAUAUAAAAGGGAGGUUGUCAGAUAAAUUUAUGUUUUGGAUAUAUUUUGAACGUGAGAAUAGAUAUUUAAAUUGAUUUCUAAAAUUUUAAUUAUUUUAUGCCCCCGGAGGGAGACAUAUUAGUUUUCAACUGUCCGUCCGUUCGUUAGUUCGUUCGUUCGUUCGUCACAACGUUAACUUUUUGCAUGAAGGCACUUUACUCGCGAACCACUGCACCCAGGACCUUCAAACUUCACAUGCUAAUAGUACUUAUUGAGUACACGACCUCUAUUGACUUUGGGGUCACCAGGUCAAAGGUCAAGGUCACCAGGUCAAAGGUCAAGGCGCUGCGGGGGCAUUUGUCACCAUUAGUGACAGCUCUUGUUUACAUAUAUACAAGUACUGGUACACAUAUUCAUAACAUGAACGUAAAAAAGCUUUAAAAUCAAUUAUAAAAUAACUUGCCCCUUUUGUCAUAUUUGUGCUGCACGUUUCAACUAUGGAACUUUAACCCUUAGCCUGCUAAAUUUCUAAAAUGGACUGGUCCAUCUUUCAAAUUGGACAAUACCAUUAACAGUAAAAAGGGGUGUUUACCAAAAAGAUACUGACUGAAUGGCGAACAGUGUAGACCAUGAUCAGACUGCACGGAUGUUCAGGCUGAUCUUGGUCUGCACUGGUCGCAAAGGCAGAAUCACUUGCCGCCAGCAGGCUAAGGGUUAAAAAAACACAUAAAUAUACCUGUAAACCGUUAACUUGUUACUAGUUUUCAGUUUUUGGGCACUUUUUUGCAUAAUAUAUUUAUAUAUCGAACUUUAUUUUUCAUUUGGCAUAUCAUUUGACGUUGUCUUUCUGUAUACAAAUGGCCAGUGAUAUUUAUCAGUCUGAUUUUUAUGUGUAUGUUGUUUUUAUUUUUUUUAUUUAGAAAUGUAAGCAUAAAACGAUUCUGUUACCUGUUCAUGUAAGUCGAUGUUGCGUUUCAAAGGAAGAAUCCAUUCGCCCAACAGAAAUGAAAAAAUAGUCGGAUUUCACAGGUGUGUGCAUAUGUAUGGUUACAUUUGGCCCAGUAUAUUACAUCUGAGUUUGGGAACCAACAGCGUUCUCAUUGCUCCGUUUCAAAACUGUGCUUUGAAGGAACCAACGAUGAUUUUAAAAAGUAAACGCGGAUGGAAAUAUCUGGCUCGAGGGUUAGGCUUUACUGAGAUACUGCAAAACAGUUACCCGAGAGCCAGAUAUUUCCAUUCAUACCUUUAACUAGUGACAUGUUCUUUUUCUUGCAUGCCGUAUACUUUAAUUAAUAGAAGAAAUGAAGUAAAACGAAUGCUUUUCUUUUAAGCACUAUUUUAUUAGAGUAGCAUAUGAAUUUACGCAUUAAUUCAAAAUUACAGCACAUGCGUCCUCUUACACCCCUGGAUGUAAGACAAGUUUUUCUAGCACCGGCAAAAAAAAAACAAACAAAAAACAAACAAACACGAGAAAUUCCUGUCUGACAUGCAAGAAAUAUUGUCGUCAAAUAGAUUUUUUUUUUCAAAACUGCAGCAUCUAAUUGGUUGAUUUCGAACACAGAUUUGAAGUUGAUCAAAAAAUCAAGCCUGCAUUCUGAGGCAGGGCCUUGAAUCGAAGUUAAAAAAAAAAUUGGAGAAAAAGUCUGCCCAUAUAAAUGAAAUUAAUCGCAGUUUUCAAAUUUUCUACGAUUUAUUGCAUAUUAGAUGGUCUAAAGUCAUUUUAGAGAGCUCAGGUUUUUUAAUCCAGAUUUAUGGCUGUUGAACUCGUUUUUGAACAAAACAUUUUCAUUUGUUUAUUCAUUUUUCUGAUUUGUCUAAUCUGUUAUUCUUGUGGUUGGAAGGAUAAUGCAUGUACUGUAUAAUUCAUUACUUUUUGUUUUACUUUUGUUUUAUUUUAGAUCUCUAAAUACUCGUGAGAUUUUGAUAUUGUGUACAUUCUGGUGAUUUUAUGGACUGGAAUAUGGAUUUGAAAUGGACGAUCCUGCUGAAAUUCAAAUCGAUUUUAGAUUAUCACGUAACAAAUUAUUUUUCAAUCUGGAUUUCAAUGCCUUGUCAUAAAAGUAUCGACUUAUCUUUUAAUAUCCGAUUUAUUUCGAAAAAUUUUCUGUAUAUUUUUGCAUCUUAUUACAGCAUCAGGUAGCGGUUUACAGUAUCAGGUAGCGAUUGUUUACUUUCAUUUCCUUGUAAGUCUGAAAAUAUUCACAAAGGGAAUUUCUUUAAUUUUUGUUGUUGUUUACGAUAUAUCUUAAUAGGUGAUUUGACGUUGAAUAAAAUUAUUGUUUGGAGUGAAAUCAGUCUUUGUUAAUAAGGAAAGAAAUCCGACCAUGUUAGAGUUAAAAUUGAAAAACGACAAGUUUUGGUAAUAUUACUUUUUAAUUUAAUAAUCCAUAGAUGAAGAUCGUGGUUUUUAUUUGAUAAAAUCUACAAUUUUAACAACAGUGAGUUAUCUUUUCCAGCAACACGUCAUUAAUAAUUUUCUGAAUGUCUGUGUGUAUCUGUAUACAUGUGUUUAUACUUCAGGUUUUUGUAAAUAGCUACUAAUUUAUUUUAUAAAUAAUAGUUUUAUGAUAUACUUUUUAAUUCACAUUGUAUUUUGUUUAUUGAUUUUGUGCCAUUAAAAGUGAACAACUGAA